UGGACCAUCCAAGUGCCGCGUUUUGCGCGUGACGUCACCACGCGCGUGACGACGACGUCACCGCGUGAGAGUUGAGUCACACCCGUGGGUGCGCGUCCGCCGGGUGUUCUGUCAUGGCCGCGAUAAGUCGCAUCGCUGUUCGCAGGCUGGGAUGGUACCUGCAGACGCAGCUCCCCGCGGCCGCCCGCAGGGAGUUUUCAAGCAGCCAGGCGGCAGGUACUGGCAUGAUAAUGACUGAAGUACGGCAAAAGCUGCAAGAAAUCAUCGGUGUGUCCGACUUGUGGAGUGACCACGGCAAGGUGGCGAUGGAGCGCAAGGCCCAGAGCGAGCUGCUGCCCACCAGCCAGGACGAGCUGGAGCCCCGCAGCAUGAAGGAUAGCUACCAGGAGGUGCUGCUGCCCCUGGGCAGCGAGAUACGCCUCCACGAGAAGUACCUCAACUUCCACAAGGGGGUCCGGUUUGGAAGGAUUCUUGAAGAUUUGGACACAUUUUCAGUGCUCAUCAGCUACACGCACAACAAGAACCCAAAGUCCAUUACGUCGCCUCUCUCCAUCGUCACUGCCAUGGUGGACAAGAUACACCUGGACCCGAGGACUCGAGUGAUCCGACCGGACAGCGACAUCAAGUUCUGUGGCCACGUGUCCUGGGCUGGCUCGUCUUCCAUGGAGGUCAAGAUGCAGAUGAUGCAGGUCCGCGACGAGGGUUGGAGUCCCGUCCUCGACGCUACGUUCGUAUUGGUCGCACGAAACCCUGCGACCAACAAACGAGCGUUCGUGCACCCGCUCAAGCCCGAGGGGCCCGAGGAGAUGGCGCUGUUCCAGAAGGGGGAGAUAAACAAGCUGCGCCGGGUGAAUACGAGCAACGCGUCGCUGCUGAAGAUGGCACCGACCAGCGAGGAGCGCGAGAUCGUCCAUAAGAUCUUCCUGGGCACCCUCGACACCCGUACGGUGAGCUUUCAAGGGCGCUGCCUGCCUGACAAUAGCAUGUGGAUGGAGAACGCCAAGCUCAAGGGAUUGCAGAUUUGUCAUCCGCAGGAACGGAACAUCCACAACAAGAUCUUCGGUGGAUUCCUCAUGAGGAAGGCGUUCGAGUUGGCGUGGGCCAAUGCCUAUGUGUUCUGCGGAGAGCGUGUCUACGUGGUGGCCGUGGAUGACAUCCUCUUCCAGAAGCCCGUUGAGAUCGGUGCCCUACUCUAUCUCAACUCUCAGGUGUGCUACACAGAGGGCAAUAACAUCCAGGUGCGAGUGCAGAGCGAGGUGCACGUGCCACAGCUCAAGGAGCACUACACCACCAACGUCUUCCACUUCACCUUCAUGGCCGACUCCGCCGUUCCGAAGGUGGCUCCCAAGUCGUACGGAGAAUCCAUGCUGUACCUGGAUGGCAAGCGGCACUUCCAGUCACCUGUGUGAUGGACUCGCCGAUACCCCGCGACUCAAUGCAGAACUCUCACGGCAGAUGACGCUGUGGCAGUUUCGGAGUUCACGCAGAAGGCGCCGUGCUUUCUCAGCGUUAAAAAAAAUGCAAAAACAAAAUGCCCUUCAUUUCAUUUAUAUGACAAUGCAUUACAUUCUAGGGUUACAUCCGUGUAUCCUGCACAUUUCCAAACUUUCUUUCAGAAAGAGUUGUGUUUGCUUUACGCAUCGAAGAGAAGCUUUUAUCCACAACGAAUGUAAGGCUCAGUCUAUUGUCAGGCAUGAAAAUCAAUUACUUAAUAAUAUUAAAUAUCGAAGUUGUAACGUGCAAACAUUUCCCUGUCCACUUUGGCCGCCUGCUCUACGAUUACAGCCCAGUGCCACCGUGGUCCACAUCCCCAUCUUAACAAACGAGGCCCAGGGUUAUCGAUAAUCGCGUAGUGGGGGGAAGUUAAAACCCAAUAAAAAAAAUAUCGGUUUACUAACCGGCGACAACCCACACUGACCAGCGCGGUGAAGUAUGAUCAAACAAGCCUCAUGACCAACAGGGCGUGGGUGAGGCCUUCAUCCAGCGGUGGACUGACUAGCGGCUGUACGUUCUAUACGUUUAACUUUGUACGUAACGGGCGGUCACGUGACCACACUGGAACGGGCCGUGCCGUUUGGACGGCCGCUCGCUCCAAUCGCUGUGAUCUUCGAUGUCGUUGAACUGGGAUCUGAUCGUUGAUUCCACGACUCUCGAACCGAUGAUCAAUUCCGUGAUCAAUUGCUGAAAAAUUUGAUGAUCAAUUUAACAACCCGUAUUCCUAUGGUGGGAAGCUCCACGUUAUUUCAGCAUCAGUGGUUUUAUCUGUGGGGCAAUCGCUGUUUGCUUUCUGCAAGACGGUACUAAUUAAUUUACCUUAGAGUGAUCGAACUGCCAAGGUAAUCCCCGACUGAGAUUUGUGAGAAAUGCACUCACCUAUGACACACUAUAAUUACUAAACGGCCAGUAUCACGCACAUGAAGGCUACUGUUAGAUUCUGAAAAUUUGCACUUUACCCGGGUCAAUUACUAGAUCUUGGGGAGAGGAAUGGAUGCUUCACAUUUACACAUUUCAACCCACGGUCUCAACACAUGGUGCUGAUUGCUUCGCUGCGUUUGCCUUUAUAAAGUCUGAAGCUAUGUAAUAUGAUCUGAUCGUCAACAUUUCGUGAGAGAAGAUGGCUUAGUGCCAUGAAAACUCACCAAUAAUAUUUGGCGGUGAUGCCGCUGUUGGAGGUGCUCAAUCACAGACAACAACAACUCAACACGAUUGUCACUCGCACUGUGAGUGGCCUUAAAAGGAAAACAUGUAUAAAUAUAAUCAGUGGCUGUUCGGGCAAUGGCCCUUAAUCAUCAUACAUAAAUGUAAAUGUGUGAUUUAAAGCUUUCGUGACUGCAAGGAUUCAUCUUCUUUGGUUCUUUCGGUAAAGUCACGUAGAAUGAGAAUAAAAUAAAACAAUAAAAUUCUCACGACGUUUCGGCCACAACACAAGCGGCCUUCAGGUGAAGGAACAAAAAACUGUCGGGAUGACAGAGCUCCAAUGAACGCUGCUAAGAUUCGUAGCGUCUUUUAAGCUGGUUGAGAGAAGAGAGGCACCUUGACAAAGGGAUUAACAUAUCAAACAGGAGAAUUUAUCAUUGAAAUAGCUGAGGGAUUUAGCUUGUGACUGGUCACAGACUGGUCACAGACCAGUCACAAGCUUUAACAUAGCUAUUUCUUUGAAGAAGGGCCAUUGUCUGAAACGUUGCCUCUUAUAUAUUGUACUUUUAAUUUUAAGGCCACGCAGUGUGACUGACGGAAGCGUUGGGUUUUACUGAAAGCUGAUCGGGUUGCUUUGUCCAAGCCUGUACAGCAGCUGAAUCGUGACGACGGAGGGUUAAGUAGUUGAACGUUAUUGUACACAAUGGUCUCGGUCUCAAUUGGGGCGUGGUAUUUUAAUUGUUUUCUAGAAAGUCGGAUGAAUGCAAAAUGCAAGCCGAGAAAAUGUUUAUUCACAUUACAGAUAUGGCUCGUCUGUUACUUUCCUGCUACACAAGUGUUGAACAAAAGUAUUUUAACGUAUAUUUUCAAACUUGCUUGACAUGUUUAUUUAAUAGCACGAUGCGAGUUUUACUGCUUGAGAACAAAUUUGCUUGGGAGAUCUUGCAUCCACAUUUAUUCACGCGCUGCGUAUGACCAAACACCCCCUCCCCCUUGCGCGCUUGAUUCCCAUCGCUCCUCGGAAGCUAAGGGAUGAACAGGUUUUUAGCCUGGUGAAGCGCUUGGAUGGGCGACCACCACGUGCACACUGUCACAUCUGUAAGGCGCCAAUGCGGACACUCAGGGGCAGUGCAGUAGCUAUAUUCGCUCUUGUUUUGCACUUCACCCCACAUUCACCAACUCGAACUGACCAGCGUCGUUGUGAAGUUAAAUAUCAUUCACUGCUUGCACAUACGUGGUGAGGCCCUCAUCCAGCAGUUGAUUAACAAAGGGGCCGUACAUAUGCAUACAGUCGCCAUGCGUGCUCUGACCGCCUCCAGUAUAUUAUCCGGGUGUCUGUUGAAACGCGUCUCUAGUGUGCUGAAUGAGUUCUGCGCAGGCUCGGCAAACACUAAGACCAGGGUUCAGGUGGGUGUCCUCACGUUUCACAACGUUUGAGAACGGUUGAUGUAGAUUUCUGGGUGGCCUGGGUUUUGUUGUUGGGUUCAACGUUCCAUUAAACUUCACAAAAUGU